GCAAGCUUCAACGAAGUGGAAAAGGUUCCCUGCAUGCCAGCGCUUUUGGGAGCACUUUUGCCAGCACUUUUGGCAGCACCCCAAGUACUUUUCAAGCUGAUUGGCAGGACGCCCGUUCCCAGAGGCACAGGUUUUGCUUCUUCGCAAGCCUUCUAAGUUUCAAUAUGGUUGCUAAAGCCUAAGGAAGUUGUGUCUAGAGACUAGACGAGCACAGAUCCCUGGGAGCUGAAAGUGGCGACAUAUAGUUUGUUGCAGAUUUAGCAGGGGUUGGUUUGCAUGUGUGAGAGGGGAAAUGUGUUGUACAAAGCGCCCUUCGUGCGAGCCGAUGGACAUGUGGGAUUAGCACAAAAGUAAGAAAGUGAAUGUCAAGCUUCAAUUCAGUUCUGCAUAUGGAUUUGCAUGGGUGGUGACACACUAUUCACAGAGAGGAAAUUUGUUUUACGCCUAGCUAGAGGGAACAGAAUGGCAAUUCGCCAAGCACUUUGAUAGUAAUUAAGCUUUUCCCACAUUGGUCCUUCCAAAAUUUGGCAGAAUACGGUGUUAAAGUAAGGUCUUUCCAAUACAAAUCGUUCCGAGGGGCGUUGCUGUUUGUUUCAUCUGAUCAAAGUCAAAGGUCUCCGAAUCAAGGUCAAAAGUCCUGCAACGUUUCAAAGAAACGUCUGUCGAGGAAUCAGGCAUAUUAAGAGGUGCAAAUUGAAGAAGAGUGUGAUCUAAAUAUAAAAAAAGGUAAAAGAUGGGAGAGAGGGCAGACAAGAAGAGAGAGAUUCUGUCGCCCCGGGACCCCAUGGAAUGGUGGGCCAAUGAAUUCAAGAGCCGGUCGCUGACGGGGCUCAUUUGGGAGAGAGGUGACUGGUGCCCCUUCUGCCGCUACGAUGUGAGCCAAUGGAGGGAGCAAUUGCCAAAUUUGGAGGCUUUGGGGGGGACAUUCUUUAUAGUGACUGCACAGGACCAGGAGUCGCUCGAGCACUCAGCCAGCAACUGGGGCCUGGACCACUUGACCAUCGUGAGCGACCCAGAAAACGUUUUGGCGCGUGAGUACGGUCUUGCAAUCACCACUGAAGCAAUCCGGGCAGGCGCGCAGUGCCACUACGAGCCUUACACCAACGGGGUGUGCCAGCCGGGUUACGUCAUCAUGAACCAACUCGGGGUGGAGAUUGCCGGCUGGCGGCAACAUCCAACGGAGGGCAACAACGGGGGGGCGCUUGACCGGCCGAUUCCCGCGCGGGUGAUGAGCUUCGUCCGGUCUCACGUCAAGCAGACUCCCACGGAGGUCCAAGACCCGAACGACCCGCUCGACGAUCUCGCCCAGUUAGUCGAAGAAGUGUUCGACGCGUUGCCGGAGGAUAUACAAGCACUGCUUCGAGAGCAGAACCGCCUCCCGUCUGAUUCUAAGCGGAUGGUCGCCCCGGAUGCUUGCGAAGCGUGCGUCCAGCACUGUGCAUGUCCGGCAUAGACAAGAAGUGAAGAUUGUCGCAUGAUUGAAAGUGUCAGUAGGACAACAGGUUUGAGCUUUGAGUUAAGGUAGUCGAUGAAGCCGCAUAGACUUCCAGUUGGUAAUCCGCUUAGAUGUUGGAAGAGUGUCGAAAUGACUCGAGGGUUGACUAAAGAGGCACGCUCAGAGGCGCACGCUGGAGGACACUUGUGUACAUUGUUUUGUUGGUCUAGUGUUGUUGUGACACCGUCAGAUGAAUAGCACAAAAGGGGCAAGGGCAAUUCAUCAAACUG